AUGGCUCGCCUGCGGGGCAGCGGCGGCGGCGGCGGCGGCGGCGGCGGCUCCUUCUGGCUCCUGGUGCUGGCGGCGGCGUGCCUGCUGCAGCGCGCCCAGGUGAAGAAGCCGCUCCGGUGCCCGAGCACAUGCAGCUGCACCAAAGAAUCCAUCAUCUGCGUUGGCUCGGCCAACGUGCCGCGGGCUCUCCCCGGCGACAUCAGCUCCCUAAGCUUGGUCAAUGGAACCUUUUCUGAAAUAAAAGAAAGAAUGUUUUCUCAUCUGCCUUCUCUGCAGUUGCUACUGCUGAAUUCUAACUCAUUUACUGUCAUACGGGAUGAUGCCUUUGGUGGUCUUUUCCAUCUAGAGUACCUAUUUAUUGAAGGAAACAAAAUAGAAACCAUUUCAAGAAAUGCAUUCCGUGGCCUUCGAGACCUGACACACCUUUCUUUGGCCAAUAACCAGAUUAAAGCUCUGCCAAGAGAUGUCUUCAGUGAGUUAGAUUCUCUGAUUGAACUAGAUUUAAGGGGAAAUAAGUUUGAAUGUGACUGCAAAGCCAAGUGGUUGUUUAUGUGGUUAAAGAUGACAAAUUCCACUGUUUCUGAUGUCCUGUGUGUUGGUCCAGCAGAAUUUCAGGACAAGAAGUUAAAUGAUCUCUCGAGUUUUGAUGAUGAAUGCACCACUACAGAUUUUGUGAUUCAUCAGAUUUUACCUUACCAAUCAGUUUCUGUUGACACAUUCCACUCGAAAAAUGACGUGUACGUAGCCAUUGCCCAGCCCAACAUGGAAAAUUGCAUGGUGCUAGAGUGGGAUCACAUUGAGAAGAACUUCAGAAGUUAUGACAACAUUACUGGUCAGUCAAUAGUGGGAUGCAAAGCAAUUUUGAUUGAUGAUCAAGUUUUUGUGGUGGUGGCUCAACUUUUUGGUGGCUCGCACAUUUACAAGUAUGAGGAAAACUGGACAAAAUUUGUCAAAUUUCAGGAAAUUGAAGUUUCCCGCAUUUCAAAGCCAAAUGAUAUAGAGCUCUUUCAGAUAGAGAGCGAGACAUUCUUUGUCAUUGCUGAUAGCUCAAAAGCUGGUUUGACAACAAUCUAUAAAUGGAACAACAAGGGAUUCUACUCUUACCAGUCCCUGCAUGAAUGGUUCCGGGACACAGAUGCCGAGUUUGUUGAUAUAGAUGGAAAAUCUCAUUUGAUCUUGUCAAGUCGCUCACAGAUUCCCAUCAUCCUUCAAUGGAACAAAAAUUCCAAGAAGUUUCUCCCACACAGCGAGAUCCCCAACAUGGAAGAUGUGUUGGCUGUUAAAAGCUUCCGAAUACAGGACAACCUCUACAUUUCACUCACAAGAUUUAUAGGUGACUCAAGAGUAAUGAAGUGGAAUAGCAAACAAUUUGUUGAGAUCCAGGCUCUGCCAUCACGGGGAGCGAUGACCCUUCAGCCUUUCUCCUUUAAGAAUAAUCACUACCUAGCCCUGGGAAGUGACUACACCUUCUCUCAAAUAUUCCAGUGGGAUAAUGAGAAGAAGCUCUUUAAAAUAUUUAAGGAGAUCUAUGUGCAGGCCCCUCGCUCGUUCACAGCUGUGUCGACAGACAGAAGAGAUUUUUUCUUUGCUUCCAGUUUUAAAGGCCACACACAAAUAUUUGAACACAUAAUUGUUGAUUUGAGUUUAUGA